AUGUCUUUCAACUGCAGCUCUGGAAACUUCUCCUCCCUCUCCCUUGGAGAUUACCUGGGGUACCCAGUUUCCACCUAUGAUUCUUUCUACCCCAGCAAUAUAAGCUACCCCCACCCCAGCACUUUCCAGCUGGGCUCCUCUCUCCAUGGUGGUUGUCAGGAGACCUUCUUUAAGCCCACCAGCUUCCAGACACCCUGGGCUGUGACCAGAUCCUACCAGACAUCCUACUUCCAUCCAAAAAAUAUCAUCUUCCACAGUCCCUGCCAAACAAAUUACACUGGAUCUCUAGGUUUGGGAAAUACUGGCCUUAGAUCUUUUGGUUAUGGAAAUACUGGCUUCCAGUCUCUGGGGUGUGGAUCCAGCUUCUGCUGCCCAACUUACUUUCCUUCCAGGAAUUGCCAGUCAUCUUGUUACCAACCAGCCUUCAGCUCUCGCUUUUUUGGAUAA